CGCGGAGCUUACUACCGAAAUUUGUACGGUGGUGGUCGUGGCCUCGGGAGAGGCAGAGGGAAUGCUCCCCCGCAAAGUUCACAAUUGGAAGCGCACAGCAGGAAGAAACUGCGCUCAGACAAAACUCUCGGAACUCAUGAUGACCUCGUCGCUCAACUCGGGCAUAUGAACGGUAGGUCUUACCCUGCCUACCGGGAUUUGGAAGGCUGCUGGAGAUACCCCAAUGCGUCUCUGUACAUUGACCACGUGCAAAGUGAUCCAUUCGCCCCGCCGAGCAAACUCAGGCUGCACGUCGACCAUACGACCGCGCAAUUCCCUCCAUCAUUGUACUCCACACCUACCCGCACCAUCGCCUUGUGUGACUACUUGACCCGGGUAGUAUCAGUAUUCAGCUCAGAAGCGACGAGAUCUAAGAAUUGGCAUGGCGCCAAGGGCGGAUACAUAACGAUUGACACACCCGGCCAACAGGUGCUGCAACGGAGCUCAAUCACGCUUGAUGGGGAGGCUAUCACUGUGUUAUUUACAUAUGGCUUUCCAGCGCAAGGCCGGACGAUACUGGGCGAAAUGGCUGCUGAGACAUUCCGCACGGUGAUUCCGCAACUCAUCAACAGCCUCCCCUACAAAACGCAAGACAAGCACAGGCUUCAAUCUUUCGUCGAGAGCAUCGAGGACCAGGAGUUCCUCCGCGAGGAAAUGAAACGGUCAGGGUUAGUUGCCUUCGUGGCCAACGGCGCUAUCCUCCCCCGAGCCUCCGGUGCAUCCGACCUGCCCAUGACCAACCCCGAAGUGGUGAAGUUCCAGUCCCCGGUCGAUUUGGAGUGCACCUUUAUCCUUCCUAACAGAGGUGAGAUAAAAGGUAUGGGUGUCCCAGCUGGGAUCACCCUGAUCGCCGGGGGAGGGUUCCACGGAAAAUCGACCUUAUUGAACGCCCUCGCGGUUGGGUGUUAUAAUCAUAUUCCGGGAGACGGCCGCGAAUUUGUGGUCACUUCAGCCAGCUGCGUCUCUAUCAAGGGCGACGAGGGGCGAUCCAUCAAAUCCGUCGACAUCUCCCCGUUCAUCAAUAACCUCCCCGGCAAUGUCUCCACGACCGAUUUCUCGACGCAAAAUGCAAGUGGGAGUACGUCGAUGGCCGCAGGAGUCAUGGAGGCUUUGGAGUUAGGCGCGGAUACGCUGCUGUUCGACGAAGACACGUGCGCCACGAAUUUUCUUAUCCGGGAUAAGAGGAUGCAGCGGCUGAUAGAAGCGGACCCCAUUACGCCGCUGGUAUUCAAGGUCCGCUCCUUGUUUAAUGAUCACAAAGCUUCCUCUAUUUUAGUCAUCGGCGGAUGUGGGGAUUACUGCGACGUGGCGGACCUCGUCCUCGAGAUGCGCGAAUAUCGCUGCCACAAUGUCACCGACAAGGCGAUGCGCAUCGCAGCCGAGCUCCCCUCCGCGGUUGCGGAGUCGGAAAGUGAGUCAUCCCUCUCGACUGAGCGUCUUCCUCGCUUACGAUGCCUUGACGCGUCGCUAGCAAAGACCUUCGGCCGCUCCAAGGCCACCGCGCGCGGGCGCACCUCCGUCCAGGUCGGAGAAGAGCCGCUCGACCUGUCCGCGCUCGUGCAGAUCGUCCACGACAGCCAGACACGCGCUAUCGCGGGAGCCCUGCGGCGCUUCGCCAGUCACGGCGAGCCCGUCGGGCUGGCCAGCGCUCUGCGCCAACUGCAGGAGAUUAUAGAUAGAGACGGUCUGCACGCGCUGGACGAGGAGGGGCACACGGACGGGUUCCUCGCGCGGCCGCGGCUGCUGGAGCUUGGGAUGGCAGUUGAUCGGAUGAGCACAGUCACUGUAUAUUCUCUAACGAACAGCAGCUACGCUGCCACCACAGAAUGCUCCAACAAGUGGCGAAUCUCACCAGGAGCCAUAGGUAUGAGAGCUCCGCCAAGCGCGCCAACGGCAACCUGGUACUCGUUCUCGACGCCCACGCCAUGCUCAGCCACCCGCACCGUAUACGAUGCCACGUACCACGCGCCGUAUUCUUCCUCAUCUUCGAGUUCGUCCUGA